AUGUCAUCAACACCCACGCCCGGCGUGGCCACCAAAGUCCACGUCAACGGCAGUACGCAUCCCGCUCCCAUUCCUCCGCCCUCGUCCUCAUCCCCUUCUGCCUCUCCUGUCCCAGGCAUCAACGGAAUAUCUGGUACCCAACUCGCACAACUGGACCCAGAGCUACGAAGCAGCAUUAACAGCGCACUACUACAUAACGGCGGCAUCACGCGCAUUCACGCCCAAUUACUCGAUAACCUCCAACGCACGGGCUGGACAGCAGCCAUACAUACCCGCUGCCUAGAACUGCUGCGCUCAGGGGAAUGCACGACAUAUGAUCGGUUGAUGAAGCGGAUAUUAGCAGAAGUCGCUGCCACUGGGGGCGGCAGCGGUAGUAAUGGUAGUAGUAGUGGUGGUGGAUCGUUUUCGUCCGACGACGCAAAAGCAAGGACGAAUGGAGUUGGAGCAGGACACAAGGCUGGCAGUAAUGCGAAAAACACGAGUCCCAAUGUCAGAGUCCCUGAGAAUGUCAUACAAGAUGGCGUGCGGCUGGUCAAGAAGGAGCUGGAAGAUAUUGCUGAAGUGACGGUGGAAUGA